CUGACAAAGCUGCUGCACCUGGGUUAACUGCUGGGGGAGCAGCAGGGAAUAGUGGUGCAGGUGGGAGUGCUGGCAGAGAGGCAGCUGAGAGAACUGCUGCGGGUGGGGUUGCUGCGGGUGGAGAAGCAGUGGAGGUUGCAGGUGGUACAGACAGUGGAGUAGCGGAGAUGGAGAAUGGUGCUGCAGGUGGGGGUGCUGCGGAGAAUGGCGUUGGCGUUACUGCUGGAGGCGAUAUGGAAAACGCAGAUGCGGGAGCAGAUAGAGGAGCAGCUGAGGAUGCAACAGGGGGUACUGCAGGAGGCCAUACGAAGAAUGCAGUUGCGGCAGCUGACUUAUGUGCUGGUAACGGAGAUGAUCAAGGAAUGGGUGAUACACUGUGUGUUGAGAAUGGUACUGCCCCUGCGGAUCGUGCUGGAGAUGAUACGAAGAAUGCAGUUGCGGCAGUUGUGGCAGCUGACUUAUGUGCUGGGAACGGAGAUGAUCAAGAAAUGUGUGAUGGGACUUUUGAGGCGCCUCUAAAGGGAAAUGACAGAUGUGCUGACAAGGGAGAUGAUGGUAAGGGGAUGGGUGAGGAGGGGGUUGGCGCACUGUGUGUUGAGGGGAGGGAGAGGGGUGCGAUUGUGAGUGGGGGAGAGGAGAGUGGGGCCGGAUUGGCAGGAGAGGCAGCAGCGGCUGGGAGAGGGGCAGCAGAAGCACCUGCAGUGGCAGCUGGAGAUGUUGCUGUGGAGGAUAAGGGAAGUGGUGAAGGGUUUGGUGCACUGUGCGUGGAGAAGAAGGAAAGGGACGAGGAGCAGGGCAGUGCGUUUGGUGCUGGUGGUGGCGUGCAAGACAGCAGUGGGCAUGGUGCUGGCAGUGUGGGGGAAGGCAGUGAGAGUGGUGUUGCUGCUGGUGGCAUGGGGGGUAGUAGUGAAGGGGAGGAGGAGGAGGAGGAGGAGGAGGAGGAGGAGGAGGAGGAGGAGGAGGAGGAGGAGGAGGAGGAGGAGGAGGAGGAGGAGGAGGAGGAGGAGGAGGAGGAGAAGGAAGGGGAGGAGGAGGAGGAGGAGGAGGAGGAGGAGAAGGAGGGGGAGGAGGAGGAGGAGGAGGAGGAGGAGGAGGAGGAGGAGGAGGAGGAGGAGGAGGAGGAGGAGGAGGAGGAGGAGGAGGAGGAGGAGGAGGAGGAGGAGGAGGAGAAGGAGCAGGAGCAGGAGCAAGAGGAGAGAUUCUUCUGCUCCCUGCAGCACACACGCGACAGCACCCACUCACAAACCACCGAUGGAAAACAGCAGGGUGAAGAUGACAAGACAUUUGGAGGGGUUCUUGAAGUGUCACGUGGCGGUCUGAGAUUGGUGGACUCCAGCGUGCCCCCCUUCCUUCCCAUCAGCCAGUUAGAGCAGGAGUUCCUGCCACGUCAGCCAGAGUGGCUUGCAGCUGCUGUGCUGGUGGCACUACUUGUUGUUUCUUCGCAUGUUCCUACGUUUCGCCCCACUACCGCUCGCCCUCAUCCCCUCUCUCUCUCCUCCUUGCCUCGUGCCUGCUUUCCCAACUCCCCUCCUUCGACCCUCUCCCACCAGCUCUUUGCUUGCAUCCCAUUGGCACGUCUCCUCAGUGCCUCCCUCACGCUGAAAACAACCCACUGCGCUCCCAUCUUCCUCCCACUUCUCAAUAUCCCCUCCUCUCCCUCAGCUCUUUGCAUCGAAACUGGCUCGCUCCCUCAACGCCUUCAUCUCGCGAAGAGGGCAGGGCAUGGGGGAGGGCAUGGGGGAGGGCAUGGGGGAGGGCAUGGGGGAGGGCAUGGGGGAGGGCAUGGGGGAGGAAGCAGCUCACACGCCAGGUCACACAAGUCCCACAAGUCAAGCAAGUCAAGCAAGGCAGGCAGGGGGAGCAAGUCGCGGCGCAAGAAGGGGCAGCGGGCUCGAUGGUACCGCGCUAAGAGCUAUCGGGUGAACGGUCAGGGCGCUGGGCAAGCAGUGCAGGGGGGAGCAAGUGCGGCAGGUCAAGCAGGGGAGGGUGCAGCAACGGAUGGUGGCGGUGCUGUUGGAGAGGAGUUGGUUGAGUGGAUAAGAGGCACAGAGGGGGAGGGGGAGGUGAAGAGUGGAGUGGACUGGCUGAAGACUGGAGAGGGUGAGAUGAAGAGUGGAGAGGGGGAGAUGAAGAGUGGAGAGGGGGAGAUGAAGAGAGGAGAGGGGGAGAUGAAGAGUGGAGAGGGGGAGCAGGAGGGGAGGUCUGAUGCAGAGGAGGAAGCUGUUCCUGAGGCGCCUCAGAAAUCGUCUCACGAGACAGUAGAGGCAGAGGUGCAAGUGGAGGGAAUUAAUGGGGGGGUGCAAAAGAUUGAUUUGAAGCAGCACGGGGGGCGGCACCGUUGGCCGAAUGGGACAGAGCAGCACAAUGAUCAAAUGCAGCAGCGAAGCAUGGCUGAUGAGGGUACGGAGAUAAGAGGGCAGGAGGGAGGGAUGGGAGAGCGGGAAACAGCUGCUACAGCCGGCCUGGUAGGCGCAGUUGGAGAGGCUUAUAUGGGGGAUAGAAUGGUGGUGGAACGAGUUGUGGGCACAAGUUUUGUCAAAGGAGAGGGAAGGGAGGAAGGGUUGGUAGAGGGUGCGAGUGAAUUGGAGAGUGCGCAAGGAGGGGUGGAAGUGGAAGGUGGGGGCAUAGGCAUGGAUAGUGAGAGGACGCACAUGGCAUGGGAAGGAGGGAGGACGGAGGCGCAGACGGAGAUGAAAGAGGAGGAGCGGACAGCAGGGGAGGAGAGGGGCCAGGGGGGCGAGAAGAGUGUUGGGUGCAGCAGAGGCAGGGGUGUGGAGGCGAAGGAGGAACCUGCAACAGCAGCUGCUGCAGCGCCAGAAGCUGCUGAAGUUGAGACAGUGGGCAUAGACGAUACAAAAGGCACAGAAGGUGCACAAGGGGCGGAAGGGGCAGAAGGAGAAGAAAGGGCAGAAGAGGGUUUGGGCAUAAGCAUGGAGAGGGAAAAUAGGCAGAUGGCAGAUGUUGCUGUGAAUGUAGCGGAUGCUGCAGGGGGGACAGAGGGUGCUGCUGCCAUGCAUGCUCCAUGUGGGGGCGAUGGCAGGCAGGCAGGCAUGGAAGGGGCAGGCAUGGGUGGUGGCAUUGCCAGCAGCACAGCCACGGGUUGUGACAGGGCGCUCUGUGAGGCGGGGGAGGAGCAGCAUGGGAGGGACGCAGGGAGACAGGGGGUCGGUAGUGAGGGGACUUCUGAGGCGCCUCUAAACGAGACCUGUGAGGCAGUGACGGAGCAGCAUGGGAGGGAAAACGAGAGACAAGUAUUGGGCAGCGAGGGGAUGGACACCAAAGGUUCCGUGCAUGCAAUCGCGAGCACAGGGGAAGGCCGGGGGGAGGAGGUGGACCUGUUUCCUCCACAGGCUGCAGAAGGUGCAGUGGGGACGGGUGGGGGGACGGCUAGGGGGACGGGUGCAGCAAAUGAAGCAGCAGCACGCACAGGGGAAGGCAGGGGGGAGGUGGAUCUGUUUCCUGCAGAGGCCGACUGGCUGCCUGCUGACGCCCUUGUCACUGCUCCUGAAAGGGAGGAGCUGCGCUCACAGCAUGCACUGCUGCUGCACCCAUACACGCCCGUGCGCCUGCUGGCUGCUGAGGCAAUUCUCCUCCAGAAGGCGCUUCCCCUGGCUUGCUGCCCCACACGUGUCUCCCUUUCCUCGCUCUCUCCUUCAUGUCUCACAAUCCCCUCCUUCCUCACCGACCUGCUGCCCCCACCCCACACGUGUCUCCCUUUCCUCGCUCUCUCCUUCAUGUCUCACAAUCCCCUCCUUCCUCACCGACCUGCUGCCCCCACCCUUCUCCCUUCCAGCAUUGCAGAGACCUUGUCUCUGGCUCAAACCUUCUUCUCCUCGUCUACCCUGCUUCGAGACCUAUCGCAGACACCUUGUCUCGGGCUCAAGCCUUCUUCUCCUCGCCUACUCCUCUUAAGACCUAUCGCAGAGACCUUACUCAGCAACCUGCUUGCUGUUACUGCCACCACGCCUAUCCCCCUUCCUGCUGCUGCCACCACUCCUUCCGCUGUGGCUGCUGCUGCUGCUGCAACGCCAAUCCAACUUGCUGCUACUGACACAUCCCCGCGCUCUGCUGCUGCCCCGUCACUAAGCAGCAUGCAUUUGCCUCACCCACGCUCGGGUGAAUCAGUAGGAGCAGGCGGAGCAGGGGUAGCAGAGGGUGCAGGAGGAGAAGGGGAGGCAGGGGGAGCAGGGGGAGGAGGGGGAGGAGGGGUAGCAGGGGUGGCAGGGACCCGACCUCGCACGCCCAUUCCUUCCCUCAAUGCUCCUGCGCCAGUCAACCCUGCCCCUGCUGCCAUCAACCCUGCUCUUGCUGCUACCAACCCAGCUCAUGGCUAUCAGCAGCAAGCAGCAGCAACACUCUCCCCGUUGCAGUCCCAUCAGCCGCUCUCCUCGUUCAAUCCAUCUCUAUCCCCAUCUCAGCCUCACAAGCGCACUCCUCCACUAAAUGCGCCUGCACCAGUCAACCCUGCCGCACUGAAACCUGCACCAGUCAACCCUGCACCAGUCAACCCUGCACCAGUCAACCCUGCACCAGUCAACCCUGCACCAGUCAACCCUGCACCAGUCAACCCUACCCCAGUCAACCCUACCCCAGUCAACCCUACCCCAGUCAACCCUACCCCAGUCAACCCUACCCCAGUCAACCCUACCCCAGUCAGACCUACCCAAGUCAACCCAACCCCAGUCAAUGCGAUUCCAGUCAAUCCUACCCCAGUCAAUCCCUGCGCUGCUCCCACCGCAUCACCCCACCUUCCAGUCCCACCUCCCCUCAUGCGUCACCAACCCUCCAUCACCUCCCUCCCUCUUCCCCCUCAACCCUCCUCCCUCCUCUCCUCUUCCCCUCCCCUUUCCCUCCCCUUCUCUUCUUCUCCCACCAUCACGACCUGCGCUUCUCCCUUUCCCCCAUCCGUCCCUUUGCAACAGGCUCACUCAUAUCAAACCUCUCGCCCUCCCUCACUCCCUCUCAGAGCACUUGUGCUUCCUGCCAUCAAUCCCACCACCACUUCCAGCACCACCACUACUCUCACUCCACAGCAGCAGCAGCUGAGCCUGAUCCAACCCCCUCCUCCCCUCAACCCCCCAUCAUGGGCACCAAACCCCACUGUCUCUUCUUCACCUGCUCCUGCUGCCAAAUCUCCCACCACCACUCCUACUACCACUCCCAGCCCCAUCCCUAGCACCACCACCACUCCCACCCAACAGCAGCAGCAGCAGCUGGGCCUGACCCAACCUCCAAGUCUCGCCGACUCCAAUUCAACCCACGUGUGCCCCUCUGUUCUAAGGCCUCAAGUAAGUGCAUCGUCUGCAGCUUCUCACUCCAUGCCGUCUGCAGGGCAGGGCGCUUCUCAUAGCUCUCAGAGUGCUCAGAAUCACCCUGCCAUGCCUGCAGCCCGGACUUUCAGGUCAACUGCACCAUACCUGCAAGGCUCAGGCUCUGCCCUGCCCCUUAACCUGCCCCUUCACCUGCCCCUUCACCUGCCCAUUCACCUGCCCCUUCCUCUGCGGUCAACCGUGCUGCCAGGGGCAGGGAUGCCACUUGGCUCUGCACCGUCUGCACUCACACAGACUCCGCCUCUCUCUACAGUCACACAUGCGCUGCCCAUCCUUUCACCCACACAGACUAGGCCUCUCCCUACAGUCACACCGACUCAGCCCAUCCCUUCACCCACACAAAUUCAGCUGCUCCCUUCUCCCACACAGAUUCAGCCCCUCCCUUCAGUCACGCAUUCCCAGCCGCUCCCUUCAGUCGCAAUUCCCCAGGUGUUGCCUGCACAAUCAAUCCCCCCACUAUUCGCACCAUCUCCUGCAGCGGACACAUUCGGUGGCCUUGGUUUGACUGACACGACUCUCGGAGCUUCACCUGCUGCAGCAGAGGCAGCUAGUGGACUCUCUGUCACUGGGAAUGCUGCUCAGGUUCCUCAGGUGUUGCCUGCACAAUCAAUCCCCCCACUACUCGCACCAUCUCCUGCAGCGGACACAUUUGGUGGCCUUGGUUUGACUGACACGACUCUCGGAGCUUCACCUGCUGCAGCAGAGGCAGCUAGUGGACUCUCUGUCACUGGGAAUGCUGCUCAGGUUCCUCAGGUGUUGCCUGCACAAUCAACCCCCCCACUAUACGCACCAUCUCCCGCAGCGGACACAUUCGGUGGCCUUGGUUUCUGUGACUCACCUCACGAAGCCUCACAUGAAGCAGAGGCAGCUAGGGGAUUCUCAUUCACUGGGAAUGGUGCUGGUGCCCCUCCUGCAGUGGCCGCUGUAGCUAGUACUCCUGCUGCUCUUGCUGUGCCUGCUGCCCCUGCUGUCCCUUCUGGGACUGCCACUGCAGGGGGAGUUACUGUUGCCACAUCUAAUUCUGCUCACCACAUCCCAGCCAGCCACCCGCAAAGCCACCCUCCCAGCCACCCUCCCAGCCACCCUCCCAGCCACCCUCCCAGCCACCCUCCCAGCCACCCUCCCAGCCACCUUACAUAA